GAGGGGGGCAGCGGUUGUGGGGCCGGGGGAGGGCAGCGGGCAUCCAGUGGGGAAAGAGCCGGGAGCCGGAGCGGGGCCGGCCGUACAGAGCACCAUGCGGGCACCGCUGCUGCUGCCGCUGCUCCCGUUGCUACUGCACGGUGUCAGCUCCGAGGAUGAUGAUACUGCUUCACAUGUGACCACAAUGAGUCCAACAGCGAGUAAUCAGGUCACCGCUACUACAGUCACCACCAGCAAAGGGCAAGAGACUAGCUCUGCAAGCAUACCAAAAAGCACAUCUCCCACCACUGUGAUGUCCUCCACCACAGCUCAUGGGACAGUCACUCCAAGCAAACCACAUGGCUCUUCAGCACCAACCGUCCCCCCAUCACCAACCACCACCACCCACAUGAUCAGCACUACAAGCCCACAAGGAAGCACACCAACUGCUCCUGUAUCGACACACGCCUCAGCUCCAACCACCAAGACCACAGACAGACCAGAUGACCCAUCACGUGUCUCAGUGGCAUCAACCAAAGCACCUCAGCAGGUCAGCUCUUCAGCCAGACCCACAGUCUCAGCAACCACCCCUGCUACCACCUCCAGUGCUACACAGCAGAAGACGAGCCCUCCAGACAGCUCAAGAACCUUACUCACCAAACCCAGUGCAAGUCCAACUUCCACUCAAGUGACCAGCCCUUCAUCCACCCCAGUCGGCUUAGUGCCUUUUGUUGCAACAUCUCCACGCAUAGCAGACGAUGGAAGCCCUGCUUUGGACCAGUUGAACAGCACUGCGUCAAGCUCUGGAGCCUCAGCAAGCAGCCCUGUGGUUAAGGACCACAGUGUCUCUUCUUCCACAUCUGCCACCAACCAGCAUCACCCUUCUCCCACUUCUCCAGCCCAGAAACCGGAAUGUGCUACCCCUCAUAGUGGAUCCGUGCCCUCUACCAGCAUGAAAACAUCUUUGUCUUCACCAUCCAGCAGCACAAAGAAGGCCACAGUCACAACCACCAUAACAACUCCUAAAGCAGACCCAGCACACACAAGCCAAGGAGACAGAUCCGUGACACACAAACCUGGCGUUACAGCUCAGAGCCCCACCAGUGCACCACCACCAGCACCGACCCUGGGAGACCAGAUGGAGAGCAAGAGGCCUGACCAGCCACACCUGAAUAUUUCUGUCCAAAAUAAGGUGAUCUGUGAAGACCAGAUACGAGAGAUGUGGCCCAUCAUAAAUCUGAAAGAAGCAAAAACUUGUGAUGACUGGAAGAAUGCCAGCACCAACGAGUCCUUCUUUGAGUUCUUCUGCUCAGGCAGGCGGCACGCAUUCGACAGCAACAGGGAUAGGUGCACGGUGACACUGGCCUCCUCCAAUCCCCAUCGCUGGGCUGUGCACGCCGUUGUGCAUCGCCUUCUGGACCCUGAAGCAGUCUUUGAAGAGCUGAAAGAAAAGAGGAAUGAGUUAGAGAAGCUUGGCAUCACCAAUGUCACCUACCUCAACCAGGAGAUGGAGGAGGAGAUCAAGGAUCAGUUCAGCACGCCCCUCAUUAUCACCAUCGUCACCCUGGCCGGCUCCCUGCUGCUCGUUGCAGCCAUCUACGGCUGCUGUCACCAACGGUUCUCUCAAAAGAAGAGCCAGCACAUCCACCCUGAUCUCCCCGGGUUUGAUGAUGGACGUGCCAUCCUGAUCUUUAAUCAGCGCCUGACAGAGGAGCUACAGACAAUGGAGAAUGGCUACCAUGAUAACCCAACACUGGAGGUGAUGGAAACAGGCUCUGAAAUGCAGGAGAAGAAGGUGAACCUUAACGGGGAGUUGGGGGACAGCUGGAUCGUUCCUCUCGACACCAUCAUGAAGGAGGACCUAGAGGAAGAGGAGGACACGCAUUUAUAGGGUGCAGGAUUUGAGCAAGCAAAAAACAACCCCCCGGAAUCCCCUGAAAUCCCUUUCCCUAUAAAAACAGAAAGCAAACAUAACCCUCCCAUACACGUACACAAUUGCAAAAGAAGGCAGAAUUCCCAACAAACCCCAGAAAACCCCUUGUGAGUUAUUCACAGCCACCACAUGGGGUGAAAGAUGGAAGAGAAGGACAUGAGAAGACACCUCCAUGGCACAUCAGCAACACUACACAGUGCCCACAUGCAGUCCAGCAGCUCUGUCAACUACGGGUGCUCCUGGGUGCCUUCCAAUCCUAGCAGGGAUGGCUUUGCUGCUCUGCUCUCUCCAAGCAGGGAUGCUUGAGGCUUUCUAGCAUCAGGGAUGCUGUAUCCCCUCCCGUUCCCCAUCUGAGUGCAUCCUCUAGCUUCCAAGUGAUUCAAAAAGUAAAAAGAAAUGUAAUUAGGAUGGGAGAGGGAGCACAGCUCCUGAUAGCCAGCUGGCACCUGGCAGAUAGAGCUAGAAAAAUCCUCUGGCCCAUGCUGUUUAAUCAUCGUCCUCCCCUACAGCUCCCUUGCAAAACGCCAAGGGACUGAGCAGAAAGAGCUGGAUUGCUCCGUUUGCUCCUUUCUUAUCCACUUUCCAUCCUCACCCAACUGCUGUUUAUAAAUGCACACUGGCCACACACUUUGUGGCAUGAGUAAAUGCAUGCAUCCAGGCAUGGCUGCACUGGGGGUGUUGAGGGUCAAAUCCCACACUGCCUUUGUCAGCCCCACAAAGGGCUGGGGCAGGUUCUGGUUACAGACCAGCUUAAAGGGAUACUGCAGCACCUCCAAUGAGAGGGAGAGGACAAGGUGUCACUCCUUGAUUCUGUAUCUCCAAGGAAGUGUUUAAUGAGGCGAAGACCAACCGAAUGCUGUUGGUGGUUUUGGUUGUAAAGGAGCCCAGCUGUAACACAGACCAGUUCUAUGGUUGUAUUUACCUAUAGAAGCAUCUGAUCACCUUCCAGUAGUGAUGCAGCACACACCCAUUUGCUCCUGAGGCUGAUGCUGAUGCGUACAGCGAUUGCCAUCCCUGGCAGUGUUCAAGAGGCGUCUGGAUAGGGAGCUAGGAGAUAUGGCUUAGUGGUUUUCUGUAGGUAUGGUAAAGGGAGGACGGUUGGACUAGAUGAUCUUGUAGGUCCUUUCCAACCUUGUGAUUCUAUGAUUUGUUCUGGCAGGGAAUUCUGUGGUCAUGUUCUCUUGUGUUAACUACAGAAACGAUAGGAGAGCAGCAGUGAUGUGAGCCAGAUAGUUUGGCUGCAGUCAGAGUUUUCCAUCCGUUCAGCCCUUGGUGUUUCCUCCCCAUGAGGCUGGUGAUCUCCAUCCUCAUCCUCAAGGUUUUCUUCUUCAGAAGUACUUAAAAUAGCUAAGAGCUGUGAAGAAGCCUCCAGCAGGGCUUGUACUGAACCUCAGUCUCCUGUCAAGGUCUCCCUUUGCGGUAAAUCUUCAAAGGGAAAACAAAUAUGAGCAGAAAAUGGCUGGACUGAGGCCAUUUGUGGUUUUCCCCUUCCUGCCACAGUUCCUCAGUGGCUUUAGGAGAGUUUCACAGCAGGCAGUCUGGUGUGGAAGGGACCUGAAGCCCCUUGGUUGAGGGCAUCUCCUGGCAUCUCAUGCAUCAUCACAGCACGCUGAGGUCGGAACAAACCUUUGGGUCCAUCAGGUCUAAUCCCUGCACCAGCAGGGACACCCAGGACUACGUCCAGGUGGGUUUGAAGAUCUCCAAGGAGGGAGAAAUGCUCACAUUGAGGUGUUGUGUAGCCAAUACACAGUGGUCCCGGAGCUCCAGGUCAGUGCAAUGGAGGAGCCGUUCCCAAGGCUGCCCCAGAAGAUGGGCAGAGAUAAAGAGGUGAGGAGAAAUGAAAACACAGGCAAAACUCUGCUCUAGUCCAUCAGAGUUGCUCACAGAGUGGUUGGAGCAGCUUGCUCAGCCCCAGGACAGAAGCUGGCAGGAGAUUCAUCUUCUCCCAUGGGCCAGCUAUUUUCCUUCUCUCCCACACUGAAGGAUGUAGUUGAGAAGUGUUCAAGCCUAUCUUUGUAUGUAAAUAUUACUGCUAUUCAUUAGCAAUGUAUUCCGCACACUUCACUUAUCUGUGCACUGCACUACGGGGAAGCAAUUUUGGAGGGGGGAAAUUAAAAGAAAAACAAAAACAAGAUUAAAAAACAAAAAGCUAAAGGCCUGUCUGGUAGGGGAUUGCAACUCAACACAUAGCAGGAGAACAUCUGAUUAAGCUGCUCGGAUGACCCCAUGCUGUUAUGAGUCAGCAUCAUGUUCAUGUUGGCAAAUUGGUCUUGGGUUGGGCAGCAGCACGUUCAGCUCUUUGUGUCCAAACCGGCCUUAAGGAACCACUCUGGUUGGUUGUAAUGCUUUUGGAAGCGCGUUGCUUCCCAGCUGCCCAAGAUGGGUCUUUGGACUCACGUUUCUGUCCUUAGCAUAAAAUAAAAGCAGUACGUGCCUAAGAUCCCCUUCCAGUAAAGAGAUGCCAAAGUGCUUUAAUGAAUCAGGUCCAAAGACUUACCCAGAGAACCCUAUGAAAACUUGAGAUCAAGCAAUCUUAAAUCUUUCAGAGCAGAGACCGGUGGAGAUAUUAACUGCUCAGCAAGUGCUUACAGUGAUUUAUAUUUGAAUAGGAAUUGUACAUUUAUUUAUUUUUCCAGACACCAUAUUUUUAAACCACUAAUAUUUUAUAGUAGAUUUUUUUCCUUCCCCUAUUUAAAGAGCUAUUUCCUCGGGAGAAUGAAAUGAAGUUUUUAUGUUGGUAACAUUCUUUUUUGCAAAAAAAACAAAAAACAAAAAAUAAAACAUCAGGUAGGAAAUGCAGCAUCUUCUUCAGCCUUAAUACUUCCCUUCAUAGACUGUAGCCAUAACCGUUAGACCAAAAAAGAAGGAUCUACCCAUGCAUUUCCUCCCUGCCCCGCUCUCCUUCCCCUCGCUCCUCCUCUCUUCCCCAGAAUAGCUUUAACACCCACUAUGCUGUACAAGGACUAUCACUCUUACCUUUUGGUAAGACUUUUGUAAGCAGGUCGGAUGUUCUUGCAAGAGACUUUUCUAUUUGCAGAUCCGCAAGGAGCGUGUAAAUACUUUAUGACCCAUUUAUCUCCCACUCGCAGUGCCAUGAGCCAACCGAGCAGGUUGAUGCUGUGACUUGCCUACAGCCGAAGACAUAACCCACAACAGGCUGCAGAAGGAGAACGUAUUUCCCAAGGCAGCUAUCCAUUGAACCUUGCAAAUAUUGUAGAGCUCUCAUGUACUGUAUAGCAGCAUCUCUCGUGGGGACAGGAGUCUGAUUUACACUGGAAUUUAACGAGGAACUGGAUUGUAGAGAUUAUUCUUGCAUUUUCCUACAAAUAUAUUUUGGAAGCAUCAUGUAUUUCUGUCAAUAAACAUUCGUAUGUAAAAGA